AUGAGUGAAAGUCAACGUAUGGCUUGUCCUGUCUUAAUAGCUGUCUGUGGAGGGACAGCGUCUGGUAAGACGACGUUUUGUAAUGUCAUUGCAUCGAACCCCAAUUUCCAAAAAGUAGUAGUGAUCAGUCAAGACUCAUUUUAUAGGAACUUGACUGAGGAAGAGAAGGCAAAUGUAGCGGAGUAUAACUUCGACUCUCCAAAUGCAUUUGACUGGGCUUUAAUAAUGAAAACAUUGAAGAGAAUUAAAGGACGAAAGAGAGUGGAGAUCCCAACUUAUGACUUCACAACACAUAGUCGAACCAAAGAAGUGAAGAUACUUGAUAUUGGGGAUGUCGUCAUCUUUGAAGGAUUGUACUCAUAUUAUAGUCAAGACAAAUUUGACUUGUGCAGUAUGUUUGACCUCAAGAUCUUUGUCGAGACUGACGACGAUGUCAGACUUGGGCGUAGAAUUAUUCGAGACAUGAACUCGAGAGGAAGAACACUUGAAAGUGUUUUGUAUCAAUACAAAAAAUUCGUCAAACCCGCAUACGACGACUGGGUGUUCCCACAACGAAAGGUCGCUGAUAUCAUCAUCCCUUGGGGUGAAAUUAGCAACAACGCACUUGAAGUCGAUAAUGAAAAGAUUAACCAAUACCCCGUUAUCAAAAUGAUGACUCGAUAUAUUGACCAAUUCAUCAAAAGAUCUUCUUUCGAAAAGGUCGUCAGAUCAGGCUCUGCUGAAAUAUUGAAUGACUUGGAUAUUAAAACAUCCGCUCUUAGUGAUGUCGAGUGA